CAUGCUGACAGCUGAGAAGCAGGUCAGUCAGGUUCCUGGGUGCUCUAUUACACAAGCAAGAUACAGCCAGCCCCACCUAAUUUUGUUUCUCUGGCACCCUCCUGUGCAGUGGGACGCUGUUGGAACACUUAACCCGUCUGCUUUCUCUAACGUGCAGUAGUCUCAUUCCAGACACGGCAGCUGUGAGAUUUCAGUUCCUGUUUGUAAACAACUCCUAGGCCUGAAGAUUCUCCUCAUUAACACCUAUACCAAUGAAGAUUACAAUGUUGACUUCAGCCAAAAUUCUGUUGAUUUUAACUUUGUUUAGUUUACUACUAUUUGGAAGCCAUGGGCAAGAAGGUCAAAGAAAAAAUACAACACAAAGCAUUUCAGAAGGCUUAAAAACAGGGGAAAAUGAAUCUGUUCCCUUGGAAAGUAAAGCAAAUUUAACCUUAGAUAAAGACAACAGAGAAACCUCCAAUUCCAAGGCAAGUAAUUUUUCUCUUGUGGAUCUAUCAAAUAAAACCCAUGGAACAAAUUCCCAUCAUAAUUUGUCAACAGACAACUUUUCCAGGAGUCCGAGCCCCAUGCCCACACCUUCCCCAAGCCCUAUCCACAGCUUUGUUUCUAAAUUGCCUUGGAAUUCAUCUAUAGCAGAUGAAAACUCUCUGCAAGUCUCUAUACCUUCCAAUGCUACAGCUACUGUAUCUUCUGAAAACAUCACUUGGUCUUCAGUCAAUGAUACUAUGAAAGCUCCUGACAACAGUUCCAUUACAGUUAACAACCUCCCUUCAGGACCAAACACCACACCUGUGACCUCCGUCAUGGAAACAGAUGGUUGGCAUACCACAACCAGAGACAGCUUGGUGGAGCUUACCCCAUAUCAAGAAACAACUUUACAGCCCACCCUGAAAUUCACCAAUAAUUCAAAAAUCUUUCCAAAUACAGAAGACCCCCAAGAAGAGAACAGAAAUACAGGAGUAGUAUUUGGGGCCAUUUUGGGUGCUAUUCUGGGUGCUUCCCUGCUUAGUCUCGUUGGCUACUUGUUGUGUGGAAAAAGGAAAACAGACUCAUUCUCCCAUCGGCGACUUUAUGACGACAGAAAUGAACCAGUUCUGCGACUAGAUAAUGCACCGGAACCUUAUGAUGUGAGUUUUGGGAAUUCCAGCUAUUACAACCCAACUGCGAAUGACUCAUCUACUCCAUCAGGCCUGGAAAAUGCACAUGAUGGCAUUCCUAUGGAUGACAUACCUCCACUUCGUACCUCAGUAUAAAACUAAAAGGGAAAACAGGCUUCUAAUGGCGAUUGUGCACCUACAUUCUGGCCUUUUCAAGUCCAUCUUCCAAAAGCUGAAGUGAGAACACUGCCACGUGGCCUGUGCCAAGGAGAACUGUCAAAGCAUUAGACUAGUGGCAGAAACAAAGAGAGGAUAAAUCAUCUGAAAGUCUUCCUUAUUUACCAUUUUUUGGCUGUGCUGAAUCACCUUAAUUUGUAUUGGGGUCUAUUUUUUUCUUAGUAAGAAAUGUUUAUGGAAUUAGGUAAACCGAAAGAUUUCACCAUGAUUGCCCUGCCUGACAAUUUAAUUUAAAAAAAUGCUUCAAUGAAAAUAGGGACCC